AUGCCAAAACGCCAAAUAUGGAUGCACCGAAAUUACGUGGGUCCAUACAAUGUUCUCUACAGUCACUACGUGUCUUUUACCCACCACCUGGCACCUGUAGAACUAAUACCUGGUUGGUUCCUUAGUGGCAAAUCGUUUGGUAUCAAGAUGAACAUCAGUGAUAAGAUAUUAAUUCUAAGGCAAGCUACGAAGCCACUACUGUUUGCUGUACAAUGUUUCAGGGAGACCUUUGGGGUGUACGUUACUGUAAGCUGCAUUGCACCAUCUAUUCGAGGAGUUGGACAUUACUCAUAUCAUCUCACCUACAUACCAAUCAUGCGAGAUGAAGAAGAUUCGGGAAGUGAGCUUUCAAACCCCUCAAGAUGUUGA